CCACCUCUUCUCGUCGCCUUCUCUUUCCCACAAUGCAUUGCGUUCACUCGUUGGAUCAUGGACCAAAGCGACAAUGAUCUUCAAGGAAGUGAUGGUUCUGGGUGUUUGGGUGGCCCAGAUGUUCGCAGACGAAUCCCCAUCAAACUGAUAUCCAAGCAGCCCUUAAGGAGCAAACCUCAGCCCCGCGCCGGGAGACCCAGCAGCAGACCUCCCAAAAUAGAGGCUGUAGAAGACGAAAACUUUGGCUUCAAGAAGGAUGAGAGAUUUGAUUGUGGAGCUAAAGCUGGAGAUGUCUUUGCAAAUCAGAGAAGAUUCCCCCAGGCACUGUUUUGGGACUUUAAGUUGCAUUUGAUUGGAGAAAAGGAUGACGUUCCAGUUCACUUUUGUGAUAAAUGUGGACUUCCUAUCCAGCUAUACGGACGGAUGAUCCCCUGCAAACACGUCUUCUGUUACGACUGUGCUCUGCUUCAUGAGAAGAAAGGAGAGAAGAUGUGUCCAGGCCUCACCAUGUUCAGCUGCACAGACCCGGUGCAGCGCAUCGAGCAGUGCCAGCGCGGCUCCCUCUACAUGUGCAGCGUCGUGUCGGGAUGCAAGCGCACCUACCUGUCCCAGCGCGACCUGCAGGCCCACGUCAACCACCGCCACAUGAGGGUCCCUAAGUCCUCCUCCGGUCGCCAGGAGCCUGUGCACCUGCCCCCCCCUGCAUCCGAGGUCCUUGAACGCUUCAGAGUCCCUCCUCCUCAUUUACCCAAGAACCACGUCCACCUGCCCAACCCGCUGCAGCAUGGCAGCCACGACCCUUACAGCCAACCGCCGCCGCCGACUUCUCACGAAGCCCCGCCCCCGAACGCUAUUGGGCCCGAGACAUUCCGUAUCGCCACGGUGACGACACGUAAACACAGCAAUCUCAUCACGGUCCCGAUUCAAGAUGACUCUUCCUCGCGGGAUGCCGGGCCAGGCCCUGUGCAGCCACCCCCCCACCAUCACCCAGGGGACUAUCCCGGUCAGCCACCUGUAGGGCCCCACUCCCACCACAUGAUGGCGCCCCCGCAGCAGCACUUUGGUCCCCCGCCUCCCCCACCGCCUCCCAUCAACCACCCCAUGCAGCAUCCUCCCCAAGCAUCCGGGACGCCUCACAUGGUGUACAACCAGGCCCCUCCUCCCCCCAUGUCCUCGGCUCCCCCGCCAAUCACACCUCCACCGGGGCACAUCAUGGGUCAGAUGCCCCCCUAUAUGAACCACCCGCCCCCGGGGCCCCCACCACCGCAUAGCGGCCCCCCUGUCAACGCCCCACCGCCUCAUCACUACAACCCCAACUCCAUGCAACAAUUCCCCGAGGACCAGGGCACACUCAGUCCCCCGUUUACCCAGCCUGGAGGCCUCAGUCCUGGGAUGUGGCCGGCUCCCAGAGGGCCCCCACCUCCACGAAUGCAGGGUCCUCCUCCCCAGGGCCAAAUGCCCGGACCCCACCACCCAGAUCAGGGUCGCUACCGGCCUUACUAUCAGUAAAACGGCCGACUGACCAGGCUGCUUCAAACCACCCGUCUGAUAAUGUGAUCGUAGACCUCAGGGUUGCAGCAUACGCUGAGAAAACUGAACCGUUGACUUCCAUUACAUGUAUAAUGUCAACAAAUUACACAUGUAUGAGAUGUUAAAAGCAAUAACAUUAAGUUGGUGUUUCUAACCCAAUAUAAUAAUGUGGAAUAUGUUGACUUGAUACAUUUAAUGGAAGUCGAUGGUUCAGAUUUUUCCAAUAGGACUUUCAUUUUGACAUUCGCCCUGUUAAAUCUGUUACUGCUGCACAUGUUUGUUGAUAGACUUGAAGGAGAGCAGCAAUGUCCUUUUUUCUUUUUUAAAUAGCAUAAGGUAAAUAUUUCUGUAUAUAUGUCAGCUGAUUUCAUGCAUCGUGUUAAUUGAACAAUGCUUACUGUGUCUCAAUAAAUUUUUAACAGCAGAUGAAAAUCUCCUGCUUGAUGACGGAUGAAGCUGCACCAGCUUGUUUGUUUGCUUUGAAAGUUAUUGACAAGAAUAAUCAGCAUUCUAACAUUUAAAUCCUUCCGUUCUAUCUUGGACAUACUGUGUUUAACAAUGGAAACAUUUCAAAGCUGCAGUAAGUCAUGGAUCAAAUGACAACCUUCAAACGUCAGCAUUUCACACAAUAUUAGUUUUAUUAUGUUGUGAUGAGCGAAACACAUUUUAUAUUACAGUUUAUCUUCUAUAUUCGGGGGUCAUUUGGAAAGGAAGUUCCUGGAGACAGUUCUUCUAGAGUUUGGUGUCUUUUAUCUGAAAAAAAAGAGGUAAUGAUUGAAUUCAGUAGGGAAAUAAAUCUGAUUAAUCAACACAUUAAAUGCACAAAAGAGUA